AUGCUCAGUUUCAAAGUACAGGUAUACCACCGCAUUGGGUCUCUGCUGCCUGAGGAGACCUCUACGCCUAUAUUCCUUCAACUGUACUUUAUUGCAGACUACAACCUACAGGCCGAAACCCGUAUUGGUAUUUUGCCGCCGUCGCGAAGAGUUCCUCGCAGAGACAGCAUACUACUUCUCAAGGCCAUGCUUCACGGGGUUAACAGCUACAUUCACAGUUUCAAAUAUGCUUUGGAAAAUACUCCCUUUCCUUCUUUCAGCUUUGUAACUGACGCCAACAAACGGCCUCAUGAUGAAUACGAACACCGCUACAAUGUUCCUGCGUGCAACAAAGUGGCAGCUAUUAUACAUGGGGAGCAAGACCGCACUCGCGAUAUUGUCCUCAAAUCAAGAGGCGGCGAUCUUCGCCGGAUUUCAGAGGCACAUCAAUCAUAUGACGCAUUGCAGUACCCUUUACUUUUCCCUUAUGGUGACGAUGGCUACCACUUCGGCAUUCCCCUUCAUACUCCGGCUCUCUCUCUCUCUCUCUCUCUCUCUCUCUCUCUCUCUCUGGAUCAGCAUCGCCUCGACUGUCUACUAUCUGCUUCACAACCAAAUAGCGACACCUAG